AGGGAGGUGAAGAAACCAGCCAUGCUCUUUCGUUUUCAACAGCUGUUUCUUCUUGGCGGGGACUGGAGUGAUCAUAACAAUGGUGGACAUUGGGGAAACAACAGUAAUGGCAUAUCAUGCGAGAGCUGCAUGCAGGACGAGGAACCAGACCUUGGCUGGAACGACCUGCAGGAGAUGUAAUGCAGGAAGCGGCAGGGAUGAAGGGUGUGCUCUUGUGUAUCGCGUUGUGCGUCUGUCUUGCACAUGGUGAUGUCAUGCUCGGAGAUGUUCUCCCCCGUGCCCGCCCGCAGCUCGCCAUGGCUCGGCUACGAGGAGGAAGGCCACACGACCUGAGCUUCAUCGGCAUGCCCAGACAGGACAGCAAGCGAGGAGGAGCAAGGGCGACAGUGCCGGAAGACAGUCAGUGGAGCCGAGGGCAACAUGUCGUCUCACUGGUGCUGCGGAAAACUCUGGGUGUAGCCCUAGUGAUCGCCUUGAUAGGACCUAACCUGUACGUGAAGAGCCGCUAACGUUCAUUCUGUAUAAGAGAAAUGAAAUGGCUGAUGAUCAUACG